AUGAAGGUCGUAUAUACAGCCGGCCUCCUCCUUGGGGCUGUCUCAGUCGGCGCCCACAAACCAGCCGAGUACUCCUACGAAUCCUCCGAUAACAACCGUCCUGACUUAGGUGGUCGAGUUUCUGGCGAAAUUCAAUGGCAGUCGCCGCCCGUCAACUCGACUCUGCUGGAUGUCAAGAACUUCCGUGUGACUUGCACUGGCAACAAAUGGGGCAAGAAUUGUGAAUAUGCCACUGACGGGAAGGCUGACACCUACUGGGAGAGUGACAACCUUGGAAGAGGAGAACCAUGGAUUUCCAUUGAUCUAAAAUCUGUGCACAACGUUAGCGGCUUGACUAUGUUGCCGCGGUUGGAUGACAGUGUCACCGAGGGUCAGAUAUCCAAGCACCAUGUUUAUCUGAGUAAAGAUGAGCGAACAUGGCAAAAGGUUGCCUACGGAACAUGGGGUCUAAAUAAGGGUAUGAAGCUUGCUGCUUUUAAUCCCACAGCCGCCCGCUAUGUGAAGCUUGUCGGUGAUACCCCCGAAAAUCCGGAAGCCCCUGGGUGGCAUGAACCUGCCUCAAUUGUCAACCUCGGUAUCUACGCUACCAACUAUACUCUCCCCAUAGAGCCUGGCAAGGGUGCUUGGGGUCCAACCCUGGACUUGCCUGUUAUUCCAGUCGGCGCAGCCCAGGAGAAGAACGGUCAGAUUAUCCUCUGGUCUGCUUGGGCAGAUGACCAGUUCUUCGCUUCUCCCGGUGGUAAAACACUCACCACAACUUGGAACCCCCAGACCAAGACCAUCGAGCAGACUGUGGUCGGCAACACUCAUCAUGAUAUGUUCUGCCCCGGCAUGUCUAUGGACUUUGACGGAAACAUCGUCGUGAGCGGCGGUGGCGACGCUGGCCGAACCAGUAUUUUCAACGGAUCGGGCUGGGAGUACGGCCCUGACAUGCGCAUGCCCCGUGGAUACCACGCAACAACUACGUUAUCCGAUGGCCGUAUUUUCGCUAUUGGUGGCUCUUGGAGCGGUGGUAACAAAGCUGAGAAGAACGGCGAGGUGUAUAACCCUCUCAAGGGGAAGUGGUACACUCGCUCCGGCGCAAAGGUCAACGACUUGCUAACCGGUGACCGGCUUGGCCGCUGGCGUGCCGACAAUCACGCUUGGCUAUUUGGAUGGAAGGAUGGAAGCGUCUUUCAGGCUGGACCAAGUGUCAGAAUGAACUGGUAUACCGUCGAAGGCAAGGGUACCACCCAACCUGCCGGGAGGCGAGGAGAUGACAGUGACUCCAUGUCAGGAAAUGCUGUCAUGUUUGACGCUGUUCGUGGCAAGAUUCUGACCUUUGGAGGCCAACCUUCCUACGAUGGCUCCUACGGGUCCAGCAACGCACAUAUCAUUACACUGGGUAGUGCGCUCCAAGAUCCUGUUGUGCAGAUUGCCGGUCGAGGCUCUGGUCGUGGUAUGAACUACCCCCGAGUCUACCAUACGUCCGUGGUUCUUCCCGAUGGCAAGGUGUUCACUGCAGGUGGUCAGGCCUGGGGCAAGCCAUUCAACGAACAUACCGUCCAGUUCUACCCGGAGCUAUACCACCCGGAGACCGAUACUUUCGAGGUUCUAAACGGCCAAAACAUUAUUCGUGUCUACCACAGUAUCUCAAUGCUGCUGCCCGAUGCGACCGUCCUGAACGGUGGAGGUGGUCUCUGUGGAAACUGCUCUGCGAACCACUACGACGCACAGAUCUUCACACCCCCCUACCUCCUCACCCCCACUGGAGAACUGCGAGAUCGUCCUUCCAUCUUGAGCGCUGAUGGCAGAGUUAAUGUGGGCGAGAUUCUCACGUUUAAUACCGACUCGCACAUUGGAUCCGCCUCUCUCGUUCGACAGGGAACCACUACCCAUACUGUUAACACUGACCAGCGUCGUGUGCCACUUGACGUAGUUGCCCAUGAAAACCACAAGUUCACUGCUCAGCUACCCGCAGACUCUGGCAUUCUACUUCCCGGUUGGUACAUGCUGUUUGUGUUUGAUGGAAACGGCACACCUAGUAAGGCUUCCAUGCUCAAGGUAGAGCUGCCUCAAUAUGCAACCGCAGAGCUUGACGAGAUGGAGGAAAAUGAUGUUGAUGUAGAGUUUGAAAGCCAUGAUGUCUACAGUAUGAAUGACUGCGAGCAGGAGGCGGUGCCGGGAACUCUGGCUACUAUUCUUUCUACACCUGGUCGAAUCUGGCAAUCUUGGAAGCCCCUCCUUGUCCUGCAGGGCUACUAG